AUGUCUUCUCCUAAGAACCAUGAGAAGGCACAGCAACACCGCGGCAGGCCUGACAAAAUGAGCAUUGCGUCAGUCUUGAACGACGAUGAUCAAGAUCGGGACCAAAAGACCGAAGACCUGACAAUCCAAUUCAACAAUGUCCAGUUGACAGAAGACGACUUGGAAAACAGGGAUUUCGCGAAAGACCGUGGGAGCGAAACACCCUCCGUCAUCUCUAUUGACUCGAUCAUGGCGGGACGGAAGCGUAGGCGUCCUCGCCCCUCCUGCAAGAAAUACGGGGUCGAGCAAGUAUACUUCAUCUGGUAUCACCGAAUCGAUUUGGGCCAAGACUGGGACGACAUCGAACGAGAAUUCCACCACCAAUUCGGCGAAGCCAGAAAAAAAUCCGGGCUUCAAUGCAAAUUCUAUCGUGUUCUUGGUGAAAAAAACAUCGAAAAAGUAAGACAACAAGGAAGAUCAGGGCACAGAGGGCGAGGAAAUAAAAUCGACAAGUUCGGAGUGGUGGAAAGAACCAGCCAACGAUUUCCCUGGAUGCGACCAGAGGAUCGAUCGAAGAAGCCGACCUGCGAGACACACUCCGAAAGGAAGUGGGCAUUCAUUACUCAUACAUGA